UUGCUCUCCACCUACCCAAUCAGACGCGUGGAAGGCGGAGAUUCCCUGUAGUACGAAUUCAACCAGUUAAAAGAAAAAUGGAAAAGACCGAGAAUGAUGUAACAGAUGAGGCGAUUUUAUUUGAGGUCGUUGAUUUGAAAGUUGAACCCUGUGAUGUUGCAAUUACUGAAGCCAAACAAGAACUUGAGGUUAGGAUAUCAAAACCCAAUUUUUUGGCCGAUGGAACUGAAAUAUUAUUUCCGAAUCUUAGCGGUGAGGGGCACAGUACAAGUGGCGCGCCCAGUACGUUAGAAUCCUCGCCUCCAGUCCGGGUAGAAGCUGCACCUCGGCUUUUGAUGUUUGAUAAAAUUGUGAAGACCUUCUUAGAGAAACUUCUAGCGUCAGGCAGCUUUCAGAGGUUCGCUCACUGUUAUCAGUCUUUCUACAAUCUACAGCCUGAAGUGACUGCAUCUGUUCAUGAGAAGUUUUUGUCUCUAUUGCAGACUUCCAUUCAGGAUGAAAUUGAUCAGGUGAAGGAGGAAGGCAAUCUGGAAGUUCUGUUCACGAUUCUUGAUCGCAUUGUAGAAGAAUCAAAAGACAAGAAAGAGCCUGCAUGGCGUCCAAGUGGAAUUCCUGAAGAAGACCUCCGCAGUUGGCUGGUGCCAUACAUUUUAAAUCAGAAGCAGUACUUGCGAAAACACCAUAGAGAGAUGCAAGAAGAGAAUGCAAAACUGAUGAGAUCUGUACUUGCUGGAAGAGAGAAAAUUAUGGAAUUGCAGCAGCAGAUACAGCUGCGUAGUCAGGCAUGGCAGGCAAUUCAGAAGGACAAGCAGCAACUUAUACUGGCCCUUGGGAAUCCGACUGAAGAGAACUUAAUAUGAUUUUUUACUGGCAUUUAAGAACAAUCCUACACACAGUGAUUGCCUCACAAACUUGCUUUAUUUAUAAAGCUCGAAUUGUACACAUUUUUUGAUUUGUGAGAUGUCACAACCUAGAGCCUCGUAUCUAAGUAUUUAUACACAAGUGUUUUUUAUUAUUUCUGAAUGGAUUCUUGCAGGUUGAUGUCUGUUGUGAACUGUGUGUUCACAGAACUUGGGCAGAAUCUUUUUAGUUAAGAGUUUAACAAAAUCUUAAGUACAGGACAGGCAACUCUAAAGAUUGAGCAUGAAUUUACUGUAUUCACUCUGACAAUGUAGAUGGAUUUAGAUGUAAAUGUUAGGCCUAUUAGAAGGAUUAUAUGUUGCUACUGUGCUUGCAUUUUCAUUAUACACCAGUUAUUUAAUAAAUGCCUUGUAGGGUUUUGUGUAAUUCAUUCAGAGGUGAAAUAUAUUACUACCCCAGAAAAGCAAAGUAGCUGAGGCUGAAUUUCUUCAUAGGUUAGUACUAGGCUAAUUGCCCUUGCGAGUCAUUUUAAGUCUAGCCAAUUAUCCCUUGUGAGACUCAAACCCUGCACCUUGUGUUUGUAAGGCAAACACCUUAACCAUUAGGCCACCCUCAUGUUGAUUGAAAUGCAAAUAAAAACAAAUAGGGGCUUAUAUAGUGCAUUUUAUAGUGAAGAUGGGUAAAAAGGCCAUGGUUUCUGAUUGUACUGUCAUGGUACCAUACUGAAAGGGAUUUUGUGGAUUUUUUUUUUUUGUGUGUGUGUGGUCACUGUUACAUAUGUUCCAUUUAGACUCUUCAUGCAGCAUGGCUUAAUAACUGUAUCCAAACGUAAUUAUUAAAUGUUUGUUCAUUAUACCACUGUCAAUGUUUGUUCAUUAUACCACUGUCAUGUGACGAGAUCACAGGAGACCAGUGAGGACAAGUUUUGUGCUGAUAAUUUGGCUAAGGUAAGCAUGCUAAUGAAAGGUUUUCUUCGAACUGCUGGGCUGAAUAUGCCAUGCACCUACAAGGAUAUUGUCCUCACAUUUGUAUAGAAAUUUAAAUUAAAAAUAAACCUUUCCUUUGAAAUUUA